ACCAUCUCCACUUGCCCAGCCCUGUGGAAGAUUAGCGACCAUGUAUUCCAAUGUGAUAGGAACCGUAGCCUCUGGAAAAAGGAAGGUUUAUCUUCUGUCCUUGCUGCUCAUUGGCCUCUGGGACUGUAUGACCUGUCACGGGAGCCCUGUGGACAUCUGCACAGCCAAGCCGCGGGACAUUCCCAUGAAUCCCAUGUGCAUUUACCGCUCCCCGGAGAAGAAGGCAACUGAGGAUGAGGGCUCAGAACAGAAGAUCCCCGAGGCCACCAACCGGCGCGUCUGGGAACUGUCCAAGGCCAAUUCCCGCUUUGCUACCACUUUCUAUCAGCACCUGGCAGAUUCCAAGAACGACAAGGAUAACAUUUUCCUGUCACCCCUGAGUGUCUCCACGGCUUUUGCUAUGACCAAGCUGGGUGCCUGUAAUGACACCCUCAAGCAACUGAUGGAGGUAUUUAAGUUUGACACCAUAUCUGAGAAAACAUCUGAUCAGAUCCACUUCUUCUUUGCCAAACUGAACUGCCGACUCUAUCGAAAAGCCAACAAAUCCUCCAAGUUAGUAUCAGCCAAUCGCCUUUUUGGAGACAAAUCCCUUACCUUCAAUGAGACCUACCAGGACAUCAGUGAGUUGGUAUACGGAGCCAAGCUCCAGCCCCUGGACUUCAAGGAAAAUGCAGAGCAAUCCAGAGCGGCCAUCAACAAAUGGGUGUCCAAUAAGACCGAAGGCCGAAUCACCGAUGUCAUUCCCCCGGAAGCCAUCAACGAGCUCACUGUUCUGGUGCUGGUUAACACCAUUUACUUCAAGGGCCUGUGGAAGUCAAAGUUUAGCCCUGAGAACACAAGGAUGGAACCGUUCUACAAGGCUGAUGGAGAGUCGUGUUCAGCGUCUAUGAUGUACCAGGAAGGCAAGUUCUGUUAUCGGCGCGUGGCUGAAGGCACCCAGGUGCUUGAGUUGCCCUUCAAGGGUGAUGACAUCACCAUGGUGCUCAUCCUGCCCAAGCCUGAGAAGAGCCUGACCAAGGUGGAGCAGGAACUCACCCCAGAGGUGCUGCAGGAGUGGCUGGAUGAGUUGGAGGAGAUGAUGCUGGUGGUUCACAUGCCCCGCUUCCGCAUUGAGGACGGCUUCAGUUUGAAGGAGCAGCUGCAAGACAUGGGCCUUGUCGAUCUGUUCAGCCCUGAAAAGUCCAAACUCCCAGGUAUUGUUGCAGAAGGCCGGGAUGACCUCUAUGUCUCCGAUGCAUUCCAUAAGGCAUUUCUUGAGGUAAAUGAAGAAGGCAGUGAAGCAGCUGCAAGUACCGCCAUUGGGAUUGCUGGCCGUUCGCUAAACCCCAACAGGGUGACCUUCAAGGCCAACAGGCCUUUCCUGGUUUUUAUAAGAGAAGUUCCUCUGAACACUAUUAUCUUCAUGGGCAGAGUAGCCAACCCUUGUGUGAGCUAAACUGUUCUUAUUCUUUGUACCUCUUCCUAUUUUGGUUUGUGAAUAGAAGUAAAAAUAAAUACAACUACUCCCAUCUUACAUUA